AAUCGAGACAAAUAAUCCAAGGACAAUUACAAGCCAUAAUUCAUUUAUGACAGGAUAAGAUACAAUACAAGCUGUCCACUUGGUCUCCCUCUCAAGUCCCAAAGAUUAAAACUAAAUUCUACAAUCUAGACUUGAACAAGUACCCUCACAACCUGACCACAAAGAUGACAGGGUGUUCCCCACCCUUCCCUCACACUACCAUGCACCCGUCUUUGGGUUAAAUUCCGAGUCCGAUUCCCCCUCGCCGGCGAGCGGCGGCGACUAAUGUAACAAGGAGAAGCGUCGGGGCGACACCAUCGCGACUUUGUCGGUGGCCAAUCCCAUAAUUUUGCCAAAAUCCGGGGGGCAAUCUGGAAACCCAGGCCCUCCGUGUCCAAGCCUGGCGACUCCCUCUAUGCUCCCCGCGGCUUUUGAACGCGUCAUUCCCUUUAGUUCCCAUUCUCUCCCUUCUCUCUCUCUCUCUCUCUCUCCAUUCCCACUCUCCUCAGUUAGUUCCACUUUCCUAUCCUCAGGGAAAUUUAUACUUAAUUUACCCCCUCUCUCUCUCUUCCCAUAUUCUCUCAAAAUCUAAUCUUCUAUUUUUGCUAUUGUUUUCCAUCCUUGGACAAGACAAUGUGGGGGAGGAAAAAGAAGCGGAAAUCUCCAUCUCCGACAAGUCCAGAUUUGCUUUCCUUUUCUUGAAACUAUUCGUGUUUAUAUCAGCAGUAGACCGGUCAUUGGAGACGAAAAGAUCGAAACAAGGAGAGGAAUGCAGUUUUAUUCCUGGCCGGAGGAGCGGAGGGUGACCAUAUCGAGCGUGGAAUCUUGGGAGGUUAUGAAGUUUAAGGGAUCCAAUCGACGUUUCUCCUACCGCUCCGUUCUGCCCAGCGUUCUCAUAGCAGGGAUGUUGCUCCCUUUUCUCUUCAUUAGAGUAGCUUUUCUCGCCCUUGAUGCUGGUGCUUCCGUUCGCCACCCCAUCAGUUGCUUGGGUUGGAGGUUUAGGCCAACGUUUCUGGGAGGAAGCGAUGCAUCGAGGGAAUUUGCGAUGGAAUUGAGAAGAGUCUUUGUAGAAGGGGCAGCAAGAGGAGGUUACAUAGACGAAAAGGUGACGGAAGCUGCCCCGGAUUCGUUGGAUGAUUUGAUAGCAGAAUUGAGCUCUUCCUCUUCCUAUCAACAACUUGACAUCAAAACAUUCGUGUUAAAGACCAAGGCCAUGCUUAUGAAGAUGGAUCACAAAGUCCAAUUGGCAAGGCUCCAGGCAUUGUUCUAUGGGCACUUGGCUUCCAUUGGGAUCCCAAAGAGCUUGCAGUGCCUCAGCCUGAGGCUGACAGAGGAGUAUCUAGCGAAUGCCAUAGCCCGAUCUUCGCUUCCACCACCUGAAUACGCCUCCUGCCUGACCAAUGACUCCUACAUUCACUUUGCCCUUAUAACCGACAAUGUCCUUGCGGCUGCCGUUGUUGUCUCCUCCACCGUCAUAAGUUCUGCUGAUCCUGAGAAGAUAGUGUUCCACAUCAUUACUGACAAGAAGACCUACGCUGCAAUGCAUGCUUGGUUUGCCCUCAACCCUGUCCCUCCUGCAAUUGUGGAGGUCAAAGGCCUUCAUCAGUAUGACUGGCCUGACCAUGUGAAUGAUAUGGUCAUGGGGACAGUCGAAGAGAUCCAUCAGAGUUCAUCAGCCUAUCAAUACUUCAGUAGAGCAGAUGAAGAAUAUGGAAGACUUGAAGCAUUGAAACCAAGCACAUUUUCGGUCCUGAAUUAUCUGAGGAUUCAUCUCCCAGAGCUGUUUCCGAAGCUAGGAAGGGUGAUCCUUCUUGAUGAUGACAUCGUGGUGCAGCGAGACUUGACCCCUUUGUGGGAUUUAAAUCUCAAUGGGAAUGUCCUUGGUGCAGUUAGCGCACAAGUGAGUGAUGAAGGGGGCGACAGACAUUGCAUCGAGAAGAAACUUAGUGACUAUCUAAAUUUCUCGAAUCCUAUGAUAUCUUCGUUAGCAUCAAAUGGAGAUCAAUGUGCAUGGUUGAGUGGCAUGACCAUUUGUGAUCUUCAAGCAUGGCGAUGGACCAAUAUAACACAGGCCUACCAGCACUGGCUUCAACAUAACCGUGAGUCUGGAUUUGUGCUGUGCCAAAUGGGAUCACUCCCUCCAGCCUUAAUAGCUUUCAAUGGCCAUGUACACCCUAUCGAACCUUCUUGGCAUCUGUCGGGAUUGGGUUCAAGAAUGCCUGCUCCUGAGCUUUUAGAAUCUGCUGCUGUUGUUCAUUUCAGCGGACCACGGAAGCCAUGGCUUGAGAUUGGGUACCCAGCACUGCGAGAACUGUGGAGAGCCCACCUCAACCACUCCAAUGAGUUCAUAAGGCACUGUAGAGUUGUGAAGUGAAGGUAUAUAAGGGAAGAAUCUCUUUCUGAUCUCAACUACUGUUUGGUUAGCUUAUUUGAUUACAUAGAACAUGGAUAGUUCAAUUUCAUUUUGGUAGGCAGAGCUAACAGACUAGAGCAGAGGGAAGAAGGUAUUUCCUUCAGUCUUUGCUCAGGCUAGCUUCGUAUACCGAUUACUUGUAAGAGUGAAAUUUAGCCAACUUGUAAAUAAGGAUGGAGAGGCCUAAUGACCCCUUCAUUGAUAUAUAUACAAGAAUACCCAAUGCACCUUUAUAAGAUCUUCAUCUAUGUUGAGGUGGAAACGUUCAACUGAUAGUAAUCUUUUUGUUCAUGUACUCAAAUGAUGAUUGAUAUGAAGAUUCCAUUGUGAUCGAA